AUGGAGAUAACUGCGGGCCUGGCGUCGAUUCGAGGGGUUGUUUCCAUGGAGAUCCCGCCCCGGGGUGCGCUGGCACCGGUAGAGGAGGACGAGGACCGCGAGCAAUCGGGCUCCGAAGAGCGGCUUCAGCACCCUGGACAGCUCCAGCGCCGCGGCCCGCCCUUCCGCCAAGGAAACUUUUACAUGCUUAUCGUGAUCGGAGAGAUCGCGACAGAGCACCAGCUUCAGAACGCCAGACAGCACAUAGAGCGAGGUAUCCGCUCCUGGGAUAUCAGUCUAACAGAAUGUGACCUGGACCAACAGCUGCAGAUUUUUAUAACCAGACAUUCCGCCCAGUUCUCUGCCGAGGUCAGAGGUCAGUCUGAUUGAAAAGAUGACAUUUAGCUGGAAUCUGAUGUAGUGUUGGAUGCAAAUGAACAGUACUUGGUAUUAACGGAUUACAUGUAAUCUGGAUUAUGUAACUGAGUACUUCUAUUUGGAUUAUAUUUAAAUUUAUAACGUACACAAUCAGAUUACGGUUACUUUUUUGGAUUACACGAUUAGCACUAAAUUGAUUAGCCAGGUAGCAUUACACUGAAGAGUCGACUGAGUGCGUCCCGUUCCUCAUAUAACCACGCACAAAAAUGACUUGACUUUCAAAGAGAGAUGAGGGAAAAUAACUAGGAAAAAAGAUACCUGAUUUUAUUAUUUUUUAUUUUGUAGGGCUGUCAAAUUUGUUAAGCAAAUUAAUUACAUGGUAUGCCAAUUAAUUAAUCAAAUUAAUCGCAAUUAAUCACAUAUAUAAAUAUUUGCCCCUCAAAUAACAAUAAUUCAAUAUUUAAUGAUUAAAUAAUUAUAAAUAGUUUUAUUAAAAUAAUUAUAAAUAAUUAUACACUACUGGUCAAAGGUUUUGAAACACUUGACUGAAAUGUUUCUCAUGAUCUUAAAAGUCUUUUGAUCUGAAGGUGUAUGCUUAAAUGUUUAAAAUUAGUUUUAUAGACAAAAAUAUAAUUGUGCCACCAUAUAAAUGUAUUUCAUUAUAAAACUAAAAUGUAAUAAAAAAAAAAAAGUUUUUGAAAUGGAUGACUUGGACCAAAUAAUAAAGAAAAGCAGCCAAUAAGUGCCCAACAUAGAUGGGAACUCCUUCAAUACUGUUUAAAAAGCAUCCUAGGGUGAUACCUCAAGAAGUUGGCUGAGAAAAUAUCAAGAGUACAUUUCUGCAAAUUCUAGGCAAAGGGUGACUACUUUGAAGAUGCUAAAAUAUAACACAGUUUUGAUUUAAUUCCCAUAGUUUCAUUUAUGUUAUUCCAUGGUUUUGAUGGCUUUCCUAUAAUUCUAAAAUGUAAGAAAAAAACAAUUAUAAUAAAGAAUGAGUGUUUCAAAACUUUUGACCGGUAGUGUAUAUAUAUAUAUAUAUAUAUAAAUAAUACAGAUAAUUAAAAUGCAUUACAUUAUUUUGGCACACAUGUGAAGCAUUAAAUAAGAAAAUAAAAAAGUGGCUUUAGAAUGCAUGAUUUUGUUUAUUUAUAUAUUAUUGAACAUAAGCCAAUCAUUGGCUACAGUUCACAGCAAUCCAUUUUGCAAUUGAAUUCAUCAAUCAGUCAGAGAUUUAUUAUAAGGGGCUUGUCUAAGGAUGUGUCAGUGUACACCUGUGUCAGACGGACGUCUUGGUUGCGUCGUGUCAUUAACGUACCAUUUUUAGGUCGCUGUGUCAAGUUAAACAAAGUUUAUCUUGAGAUCCCUUGGGAUUUGCGCUCAAUAAAGCUGUGUUU